CCCGUACCUCCUCUGGUCUAAUUCCCCUUCCCUUUCUCUCCCGCGCGUGAGUGUUGUGUGUGUUUGUACCAGUGUGUGGUUGCCAACAACAUCGUCCCGCCAAAGAAACGCAACACCACCACCAUCGUCAACAUCAUCAUCAUCAUCGUCACCUUUUCCCUUCUUCACUCGUCUCGAACGAGCACAGACUGUAACACGUCGACUUAUCCUACACUUCGAAUGCUGACUGCAUCCUCUUAAUUUUUCUCAUUCCAUUCUACCUAGUCUGUGUGUGCUGUUUUCCGAGUGCACUUUUCGGUAUUCAACCUCCGAGAACCGAGUCCGAACCACAGUCGACCUCCUUCCUGCAAUGCGCUGAGCUUGCCUUCCGAAGACCUUUCGUACAUUCUGCCAAUUCGUCAAUCGCGACCCGGGCACCCGAGUGUUCGCCAACUUCCUUUCGCGGUACCCGCCUGUCGUCGUUCCCUCGAUUGAUGUCAAUCAUCUGCACACCCACACCCGAGUCUUCUGUGUCCUGUUUCAAAACAGUUCGAUUGUUAUCGAUCCCGCCUCUCUCACACAUCAAUCAGACGCCUAGGAAUCCCCCCCUUUUUUUGGUUACGACCAUUACUCGCCAAACAUCACUCGGAGCGCUCUUUACUAUCGUCGGCCUACAUUUGCGACAAAACCCGUUGGAGUCGACUAGAGAAGAAGUCAGCUGACUAGACCACGAGCAGCGAGUUGUCAGGAAGACAGUCAUGAACUAGAUUCUCUCUCGGUGACCAACUUUUACUCGACACCUCCUAAGUUGGGGGCCACCCACCACUUGAUGAUAUCUUCCCCAACUACUCUGAAGAGAAACCGCACAACCGGAAGACCAAACAUGGGCGCAACGGCGAGGAUAGCGCUACUGUCAGCGCUGUCGAGUUCAGCACUUGUUUCGGCACAGUCAAACUGUGUCUCGCUCCAGGGCUCAACUACCUGCUCUGCUUUCCAGUCAGCUUCCGUUUCGACGACAGGUUUCGUUGCAGGAAUUUUCCCCUUUUUACAGUUUGUUUCGAAUAGGGAAACAUUCGACCAGCAGAUGCUGUCAUAUAUUGACACAACCUACGUACGAGAGAAAUAUCAAACAUUGCUUGGCUGCAGCAGCGUUAAUCUUACUCAACCGGAUGAGCUGUAUGCCCGUUUCACCACCACAGUCAUCUGUAACGCCAUCGUCCAAAACUCGAUAGACACGUGCAACCUGACUGCGGCGAAUUCGCGGCCAGUUUGCGCUGACACAUGCGCCGAAUUCGCGCAGAGCGAGGCACUGCUCACUUCGGACAGCAGUCUCUGUGGUAAUCCAGGCAGCAACCUCAUGAAUCAGAUCAGGGCCGACUUCACAAACUGCGCUCUUCCCGCCGACUCUUUAUCGUCUUCAAACUGCAUCCAGGGCAUCGCCAAUGAGCGCGACAACUGUGGCUACGGUAACAGCACUGUGGGACUGUGCUCCUACUGCGCAUCUGGCGGUAUUAACUCGACCGACACCUGCUGUUACAACUCGAACAUCGAUGAACGAUGCGCCGGUGUCACUUUACCUUCCAUCUUCCCUACCAUGACGUUCGCGCCUCCGACAGCGACAGCAACACCGACGCCCUCGAGUACGGCAGCUGCAGCUGCGGCCGCAGGACUGUCUGGCGGUGCGAUUGCCGGGAUCGUGAUUGGCAGCGUGGCUGGCGCGCUGCUGCUCGCUGGACUCAUCUAUGCAUGCAUCCUACUUGCUAGGAGACGAAGGCGUGGAAGCCAGAGCGGAAGCAUUUUCAACCAACCAUCACCCUCUAGGCAAGGGCCAUCUACCGCUAAGAUAUCACCGGUCCAGACUACGAGUGGAUAUGAAGUUUUGCCCGGCGGCCGCAUCGCCCGCAUGUCGGCUUUGGAGAGUGCAUCGGAUCCUGCCCCGGCCCCUCCCAGUCGCAGCAGCGGGCCUCUCGCAGCAGCAGCCGCCGUCGGAGGCGCAGCAGGCUACAUGACUGGCAGAAGAAGAGGCGACGACCCGUCUUCGUCCGAGUUUGGAGACAGCCCCGAGUCGGAAACCAGGGCCGGCGUGUUACGGCCCCCUCCAACUAACAUCAGGAGGACAGGUUCCUUGUCAAGCAGCUCGGUCCUCGCUGAUCCUCAGUCGCCAACAAGCGCUGGAAUGUCGUCCCCGCAAGGCAUGGCUAGCCAACAGUCAGAGCAACUGCCUUUUUUCAAAGAUUACUACUCUCAAGAUGACAUCCAUCCGGGCGAUAGAGUCGCCACCUUGUGGGCUUACCAUCCGCGCGCGCCGGACGAGUUCUCUCUCGAACGCGGUGACAUGCUUAAGGUGGUCGGAAUCUGGGACGACGGCUGGGCGACGGGUGUUCUGAUGGACGAGCACGCCGACGAGUGGGAAGCUCGCCGACAAGCUCAACGAGACAGUGGCGUUUCCAACACGUCUGGCCGACAAGACCCUUCACCGCCCGUCAGCGGCGAAAUCAAAGCCUUCCCUCUUGUUUGUGUUUGCUUGCCAGAACACUGGCGGAAGACUAUCGAGGGCGACCUUUCGACAGAAGGCUCCAGCGCCCACCAAGGCCAUCCAUCAUUCUCAUGAGAUGCGCACAGAUCUGGAUGAGUUUUGUAUACAUCCUGACGACAAUAGCUGUCUUUUCAGCAUUGGCUACGGCGUUCGGACAUUGAGCCAGCAUUGACUUCAACAUCUCAAAGACGAUCAACUUCCUUAUGCAAAAGCCCGGCCAGUAACUCUUAAUGAGUCGUGCAAUACGACUUCAUGAGCGGCAGUCCAGCCAACUCUCUCUGGGCUUUCUGUUUUGCACAUAGACACGAGAUAUUACACUUUGCCGACGACACGCGCAUGAUGUUCCCGGUCCUAGACGGAAGUUUCUUUCUUCAACGCGGAAUCGCCUCGGAUCAUGAUGACGGCACGGAGGCUUGACGGACGACGAACUUCAGCACCCGAUGCGAGUCGAUUUGACGAGAUUACGAUACGCGAUCCUAAUUUAUGAUGACAACGCACGCACUGUGCCCUCCCCCUUCAAUUCGACUAUUCGACUUAUAUACCCAGGGUGCGGCGACGAUAUGCUGGUGUUUGGAGAGCAAAGAGGUCGGGGAGGGCCUCUGCAGUUUUACCUAAUGACGAACUCUUGGGGUGGAAUAGCUGAGUGUGUCUUGGUCCUGCCCACCAGUUGGCCAAGGUAAACUUAGGACCAGAAAAGGGACGAGGACCGGCCGGAAACAGAGGGGCGGGACCGCUCCAGAGAGGAUGUUGCAAAUUUCGGAAGGUCCGCAGACAUUCUCGUCACCGACCUCGCGGAUCGAAACCUCUGUUUUUACACUUGGCAAGACAACAUUACUUGGUGUACCUACCUAUGCCACUGGGCAGCCACUCAAUUUCUACCUAGCCCAAAUAUUAAAGAGAGUUUUCUAAACCAGCACAGCACAAACAA